CACUUGAGCCGGGGAGGAGCAGACCGAGCACCCAAUUCCGCCGACUUCUCUCCGUCUUUGGUGACUUUCAGUCGGGCCCAAGGGGAACAUUUGACCACGAUGUCGCACGGCACCGUAACCGGGUUGCUGUUUGCGCUGUGCGUGGGGGGCGCGGUGCACUGCUUGCCCAAAGGAACCCCCAAGAACCGGCGACAGGCGCAGCAGCAUCACGUCCCCUCGGUGACUCAGGAUGGCUGUAUCGAGAAUGGUCAUUACUACGGUAUUAAUGACCAGUGGGAACGUCCAUACCUGGGCAGCACUCUGGUCUGUACUUGCAAUGGUGUUGCCGGCAUUAAGUGUAAAAGCAAACCUGAAGAGGAAAUAUGCUAUGAUAAAAUCAACCAGCAGUCCUACACCGUGGGGGAAACUUAUGAGAGACCGAAGGAUGGCAUGAUUUGGGAUUGUACCUGUAUCGGAUCUGGAAGGGGAAAGAUCAGCUGUACCAUUGCAAAUCGCUGUCAUGAGGACGGGGCCUCGUAUAAGAUAGGAGACACCUGGAGGCGACCCCACGAGACAGGGGGCUACAUGCUGGAGUGCGUCUGUCUGGGUAAUGGCAAGGGAGAAUGGACCUGCAAGCCUGUUGCUGAGCGUUGCUAUGACAACACGGCCGGGACAUCAUAUGUUGUUGGGGAGACAUGGGAGAAACCCUACCAGGGAUGGAUGGUUGUGGACUGUACCUGUCUGGGAGAAGGAAGUGGCCGCAUCACAUGCACAUCUCGAAAUCGUUGUAACGACCAGGACACUCUGACCGCUUACCGUAUUGGCGACACAUGGACCAAGACUGAUGCCAGAGGCAACCUGCUCCAGUGUCUUUGCACAGGGAAUGGCAGAGGGGAGUGGAAGUGUGAGAGACAUGCCUCACUUCACACUACUGGCCUGGGCACAGGUUCCCGUGUGAUCACUAACAUACAGCCAGCCAUCUACCAGCCUUCCUCCGUGCCUGAGCUUCCCCAAGAAGGACCCUGUCGGACAGAUUCCGGACCGUCAUACUUUGUUGGCCAGCGCUGGUUUAAGAGCCAGGGAACCAAACAGAUGAUUUGUACCUGUUUGGGCAAUGGGGUCAGCUGUGAGCAAUGGGAUGGACCAGCUCCAGUGUACGGAGGCAACUCUGGAGGUCAGCCUUGUGUGUUCCCCUUUGUCUACAAGGGGAAGACUUAUCACUCUUGUAUCUCGGAUGGGCGUAGUGAUGGACAGCUGUGGUGUUCCACCUCAUCUGACUUUGAGACUGACCAGAAAUAUUCCUUCUGCACAGAAAAGAAUGUAAUUGUGUCAACAAGGGGCGGUAAUUCAAAUGGUGCUGUUUGCCAAUUCCCCUAUCUGUAUAAUGGCCGAAACUACACCGACUGCACUGCAGAUGGACGCAGAGAUGGCAUGAAAUGGUGCGGCACUACAACCGAUUUUGAUGCAGAACACCGUUUUGGAUUCUGCCCUAUGGCUGACCAUGAAGAAGUGUGCACGACCAGUGAAGGGGUGAUGUAUCGUGUGGGAGACCAGUGGGACAAACGCCAUGAUGUUUUGGGUCACAUGAUGCGGUGUACCUGUGUUGGCAAUGGUCGAGGAGAAUGGAGCUGUGUUGCCUACUCCCAGCUUAAAGACCAGUGUAUCGUCGAUGGUCUGACUUACGAGGUGAGUCAGACCUUCACCAAACAACACGAGGAAGGCUAUUCGAUGAACUGCACCUGCUUUGGACAGGGGCGCGGCCGCUGGAAGUGUGACGCUAUUGACCAGUGUCAGGAGCCAGAAACACGAGCCUUCUACAAGAUUGGAGAGUCUUGGGAUAAAGUCAUCAGUGGAAUCAUGUACAAGUGCUAUUGCUAUGGUAACGGCAUUGGAGAACUCAGCUGUGAGCCCCAGCAGUCCUAUCCUGGUGGUCACCGCCCUGUUCAAGUGAUCAUAACAGAAUCUGGAAACCAACCCAACUCCCACCCUAUUCAAUGGAAUGCUCCACCUUCUGCUCACAUCACCCAAUACAUCCUCAAAUGGAGAGUGAAAAAUACCCACACCGGAUGGAGGGAGGUGGUGAUCCCUGGCCAUCUCAACUCCCACACCAUCUCCGGGCUGAAGCCAGGCAUCACCUAUGAGGGGCAGCUGAUCAGCGUGUUGCGCUUUGGACGGCAAGAGGUCACACGCUUUGACUUCACAACUCAUUAUGGAUCAUUGGCAACAUCACAGGGCGAGACGACCCAGCCUCCCCCUGUAGUGGACACUUCCGAGUCGGUGACAGAAAUUACAUCUAGCAGCUUCGUCAUCUCUUGGGUCUCUGCCUCCGACACAAUCUCUGGUUUUCGAGUUGAGUAUGAACUCAAUGAGAAUGGUCAGAGCGCUGGACAGCCCAUAGUUUUAGACCUGCCCCGUACAACUACAUCAGUGAACAUUAAUGAGCUUUUACCUGGGAGGAAGUACACAAUUAAUGUUUAUGAGGUGACAGAUGGCGAAGAGGACAACCUCAUUCUUACUACUUCACAAACCACCGCACCGGAUGCUCCCGUUGAUCAUGAAGUGGAAGAUAUUGGAGAAACUUCUAUUAUGAUCAGCUGGGAAAAACCAUUGGCUCCGAUUACUGGCUAUCGUGUCGUCUAUACCCCAUCCAUAGAAGGGGAAAGCAUGGAGCUGACUCUCCCUGAUACAGCAACAUCUGUGACUCUGAGUGACCUCCGACCUGGGAAAUUGUACAACAUCAGCAUAUAUGCAGUGGAGGACAGCUUGGAGAGCGAGCCCGUCUUUGUACAAGUCAACACUGUAGGAGAUCCACUGCCGGUGGCAACAUCACAGGGCGAGACGACCCAGCCUCCCCCUGUAGUGGACACUUCCGAGUCGGUGACAGAAAUUACAUCUAGCAGCUUUGUCAUCUCUUGGGUCUCUGCCUCUGACACAAUCUCUGGUUUUCGAGUUGAGUAUGAACUCAAUGAGAAUGGUCAGAGCGCUGGACAGCCCAUAGUUUUAGACCUGCCCCGUACAACUACAUCAGUGAACAUUAAUGAACUUUUACCUGGGAGGAAGUACACAAUUAAUGUUUAUGAGGUGACAGAUGGCGAAGAGGACAACCUCAUUCUUACUACUUCACAAACCACCGCACCGGAUGCUCCCGUUGAUCAUGAAGUGGAGGAUAUUGGAGAAACUUCUAUUAUGAUCAGCUGGGAAAAACCAUUGGCUCCGAUUACUGGCUAUCGUGUCGUCUAUACCCCAUCCAUAGAAGGGGAAAGCACAGAGCUGACUCUCCCUGAUACAGCAACAUCUGUGACUCUGAGUGACCUCCGACCUGGGAAAUUGUACAACAUCAGCAUAUAUGCAGUGGAGGACAGCUUGGAGAGCGAGCCCGUCUUUGUACAAGUCAACACUGCAGGAGAUCCACUGCCGGAAGAAAUAACCUCCCCAACAGAUCUGCAGUUUUACGAGGUGUCAGAUAAGAAAAUAGUCCUGACUUGGUCCGGGCCAGCCAGCGACGUGUCGGGAUACCGAGUCACUGUGGUCCCAGUGGAUGAGUCUGGUUCUGCUCAGAGAGAGAUGACACUGCCCAUCAGCCAAAACUCAUACGUUGAAGUGACCCACCUCCUGCCUGGAACGCUGUACCGCUUCAACGUUUACACGAUUCACAACGGAGAGGAAAGUUUGCCGCUUAUUGGGGAGCACACCACAAAGCCUGAUGCUCCAACAGACAUCCAUUUCAACAACGUGACGGAGGACAGCGCUGUGAUUCUGUGGUUUGCCCCGCGAGCCAAAGUCACUGGCUACCGGCUCUUCCUCACCUUCGAGGGCUCAAACACAAAGCAGCUGCGCCUGCCAGCCCGACUCUCCCAGUACACCCUUCUAAACCUGAAGCCGGACACGAUGUACACUGCGACACUGCACUCGGAGCAGGACAACACGCUGAGUGAAGGAGAGACAGCAGUGUUUACCACCAGCCCGCCAAUGGGUAACGCGCCCCAUUUCAGCACUGAUGUAACUGACUCUUCUAUUAUAAUCUCUUGGACUCCAGUGCCACGCAUCGGAUACAAGUUGACAGUACGCCCCAGUCAGGGCGGAGAAGCCCCUCGAGACGUGACCUCUGACUCAGGAAGUAUUUACAUUUCUGGUCUAACUCCAGGAGUGGAGUAUACCUACAGUGUGCAACCAGUUAUUAACGGCCAAGAGCAAGGAAUCCCAAUCACGCGACGUGUCAUCACAUCUCUGUCUCCUCCCACGGAUCUUAACUUGGACUCUGAUUUAGGGACUGGAGAAAUUACUGUGCAGUGGAAUGGAGCCAGUACACCAGACAUCACUGGCUAUAGAGUUGCAUGCACCCCCACCAAAGGGCAGCAAGGAAACCGUGUGGAGGAGUUUGUGCAGGCUGGCCAGAACUCUUGCACCCUUGAGAACCUCAGUCCAGGGGUGGAGUACAACAUCAGUGUUUUUACAGUUAAGGAAGACAUGGAGAGUGCUCCAAUAUCAACAAUCGUCACUCCAAAGGUCCCACAGUUGACUGACCUCAGCUUCGAUGAUGUUAGUGACACCACCAUCAGUCUACGCUGGUCACCGCUCAACACCACAGCCAUCACUGGUUACAGGAUCACAGUAAUGGCAGCUGGGGAAAGCGUACCCAUAUUUGAAGACACGGUGAUACCAACAACAGGACAUUAUACAGUGUAUGGUCUGGAACCAGGUAUCGACUACGACAUCAGUGUGAUCACUGUGACAGAAAAUGGAGAGAGUGAACCCACUACAUUCACGCAACAGACUUCUGUGCCAGCACCUACAGAUCUGGCCUUUGUCCAGGUAGGACCAAGCCACAUGGAAGUUAGUUGGCUCUCACCACCUGUCCCCAACAUAGCUGACAUCAACAGUUUCCUCAUUAGGUACCGUCCCAUUGAUGAUGAUGAAUAUACCGAAACCGUUUUAGAUGGCACACUGAACAAUGUUGUACUGAGAAAUUUGCUGCCAAACACAGAGUAUCUGGUGAGCGUGGUGUGUGUUUAUGAGGAGAGAGAGAGCUCACCCCUCGUUGGUACUCAGAAAACAGCUCUGGAUUCACCAGUUGGUCUUCGUUUCUCUGAGAUCUUCACCACUUCCUUCACCAUCCACUGGCUGGCUCCCCAGAGCAAAAUCACAGGCUAUCGUAUCCGUUACCAGAUGGCCAGCGGCGGAAGAACAAAGGACGAGAGGCUACCACCUUCCAGGAACCACUUCACCCUAACAGGACUCGCUCCAGACACUGAUUACUUGGUGAACAUCUACGCAGUUAGCGGGGCUCAAGAGAGUUUGCCACUCAGUGGAAAUCAGAAAACAAUCUCUGACGCCCCAACAGACCUAGAGGUGCUAGACUCCACCCCCACCAGCAUCACCAUUCGCUGGGAUGCCCCUCCUGUGACUGUGCGCUACUACAGGAUCACUCAUGGCGAGACAGGAGGCCACAGUAAUCCGAAGGAGUUCACUGUACCUGGUUCUCAGUCCACUGCAACAAUUACAAACUUGCAGCCUGGUACCGACUACACCGUCACUGUCUAUGCUGUAACUGGCAGAGGAGAUAGCCCCGCAUCAAGCACUCCAAUCUAUGUCACACAUAAGACAGGCAUAGACUCUCCCUCUGACAUGGAAGUGAUGGAUGUUAAUGACAACAGUGUCACAGUAAGGUGGAGCCCAGCUCAGGGCCCUAUCAAGGGAUACAGGGUGACUGGGGUCCCCAGAAAUGGACAGGGUUCAUCUUUCACUGAGGUGGUGGCGCCAGACCAAACAGAGAUGACUUUCUCAGGCCUGAUGCCAACAGCUGAAUACACUUUUAGUGUGUAUGCUGUGGGACAAGAUGGAGAGAGUUCCCCACUGGUGCUGAAUGCUGUAACAAAUGUCGACCGUCCCAAAGAUUUGACCUUCUCGGACAUCGACUCCACCUCGCUAAGGAUCGCCUGGGACAGUCCUGAUGGAACUGUUACUUCUUACCGAGUCCUGUAUUCCAGCUCUGAGGAGGGUGAAAGAGAACUGCGACCUGCUCCUCGAGGAGCUGCUGAGUCCGCCGUUAUCUAUGGCCUGCAGCCUGGCACUGAAUACACCGUGAAAGUCAUUGCCCUGCAUGACGACACAGUCAGCACACCACUGGUUGGCACGCAAGCUACAGGUAUCUCACCGCCCACCAACCUACAGUUCUCCCAGGUUAGCCCCACCUCCUUCAACAUGCACUGGACUGUGCUGGGUCAAGAAAACCGACUACCUGGUCAAACAGGCCUCACAGGCUACCGCGUUGUGGUGAACCCGAAAAGCAAGAGCGGACCCACCAAAGAGAUUAAUCUGGCCCCAGAUGCAACACAAGCUCAUAUUACUGGCCUCAUGGUUGCAACUACUUAUGAUGUACAUGUUUAUGCACUGAAAAACUCUCUGACCAGCAGGCCUGUCCAAGCGGAGGUUACUACCCUAGAGAAUAUCAGCCCCCCUCGCCGCGUCCGCAUCUCAGAUGUCAACGAUUCCUCCAUUACUUUGACGUGGCGCUCCAAAACAGGGGAGAUUUUCUCAGGCUUCCUUGUUGAAGCCACACCCACUUCCUCUACAAGCUACACACCGAUCCAAAGGAUAAUUGGCUCCGACUUGCGCUCAUAUACUAUCUCAGGGCUGGAGCCUGGUACCAAUUAUAAGAUUAACAUCUAUACACUGAAAGGAAAUGGCCGCAGCGUACCUCUUACCCUCUCAGCCUCCACAGCAAAACCAGUGGUCAGCCCACCCACCAAUAUCCGGUUUACUUCCUUGAAGCCCACCAGCAUUACUUUUACAUGGGAGCGUUCCCGUAGUCCGGGGGUAACUGGCUAUUAUGUGACCUAUGAGGAGGCUGGUGGUUUGCCUCGAGAAGUUAUCCCUAGGCCUCAUGCAGGACAGAGCUACGCCAUGAUCAAUAGUCUGAAACCAGGAAAAGAAUAUGUCAUUAAGAUUGUUGCCCUGCAAAAUACUUUGAGAAGUAUACCUCUCAUGGGCAAAGCCAGGACCCAACCAGCUAUGACUCAGCCUCUAUUGGUGCCCGAGCUGCCAAAGCUUCCUGUUCCUCACCGCCCCACCACUGACAUUUUGGAUGUUCCAGAGUCCUUCAAUGACAAGAUCUUUGACACCAACCAGGUCCAUUUGGCUGGCACGAGUGGCCAGAGCCGGCUGGGGCAGCAGGGGCAGCACAUCUACACUGAAUACCAGAACCUUGGUCCUAAUAACGGACUUCAUGGACCCCAUGGUGGACCCAAAGAAGGUCAGAGACCCAUACUCAGAGAACCUCUGGUCUAUAUUCCUGUGGCUGGUCCUGAUGGAAACAGGGUGCCUUUGGUCAAGGUGAGUGAGACAUCACUGCCAGGACUUGCAUUUGGUUUCCCUGACAACGAGACAGAGUUGCCCCAAGAAGCGCAAACAAUCACAACCCUUUUUUGGCAACCCAUCCCCCACACUUCAGAGUAUGAGGUGUCCUGUAAUCCUCUUACACACCUAGAGGAAAAAGGUUUUCAGAUGCGUCUUCCUGGCACCUCUAACAGCGCCACUCUCAUUGGACUGACGUCCGGAGCCUCCUAUAAUGUGGUAGUGGAGGCCAUGAGGGGCGGGGCGAAAGAGAAGGUUCUGGAAGAAGUUGUAACCGUCGGCAAUGCUGUUCCAGGCGACAUCCCCGUUUCUACCAACAGGGAUGUGUGUUACGACACAUUCACGCAUUCGUACCAUGAGGUGGGCUCAGAGUGGGAGCGCAUGUCUGAGACAGGAUUCAAGCUGUGGUGCCGCUGCCUGGGUCUAGGCAGUGGCCAUUUUAGGUGUGAUUCAUCCAAGUGGUGCCACGACAAUGGUAACAACUACCGUAUUGGCGAGAAGUGGGAUCGCCACGCUGAGAACGGUCACAUGAUGAGCUGCACCUGCCUGGGCAAUGGCAAAGGAGAAUUUAAAUGUGAACCCCAUGAGUCAACAUGUUAUGAUGAUGGGAAAAUGUACCAAGUCGGAAACCAGUGGCAGAAAGAAUACCUGGGAGCCAUUUGCACUUGCACCUGCUACGGCGGACAACAAGGCUGGCGUUGUGAAAACUGCAGAAGACCAGGAGGGCCAAGUGAUGUGGAAGUUGAUCUGCUUCACCCCGUUCACUCUGAUGUAUUCGACCGCUACAGAGAAAAUGCUCUACGCAAACUGAACAUCCAGUGUCCAAUUGAAUGUUUGAGACCAGAUUUGCUUGCCGAUGCUCAAAGCCCCUCAAAGUAACAACAAAAGGAGGAUGAAGAGGUGAGACGCCUUACAGCAUUGCUACCACUUCAAGAAGGAAGCCUCCCCUUGCAGUCAUUAAAAGAACACAUUUCUAUCACAUCCGUGCCUUAAAGGUGUACCCCUUACCACAUUAGUGCUCUGUACACGCCAAACUCCUGUGCCCUUUCAUAGAUCCAGACAAGACCUACUUUCCUUUUUUAUUACAAAGCUCCCUGCGCACAGCUGGUGUUUUAAUGCAUCCAAAGAUACCGUACAUAGACACACACACACACACAUACACACACGCCUGAUGCAGUCCUGUUGCACCAAGUAUUUUAUACACAUAUCAGUAUAUAUUAACAUCUUAAACUCACAAAAAGCUCCAUGACAGGUAUAUUCCUCAGGGUAAUGAUAAUGAAGCACAAUUUCCAUUGCAUUUAGUUUGUGUAUUCAAAGGCAUUAUAGUACCAUACGUAAAUGCAUUCAUUAUUUCUGCAAUGAAAGGAACAGGAUCCCUUAAAAAUGGUGUCUUCCUGCAAUGAAUGUUCAAGCACAACAUUUCUAAAAAUAUUCUUUAAAAGAUAAGCUCUGCUUAUUUUGAGAUGCAAUGAAAACCCACUGCCGUGCUGCCAUGAGACACCACAGUCUCCCCUCCCCAUGUAAAAUGUAUUCUUUUAGCUUUGUGAAAAAAAGCCAAAGUUGACUGACCAAAAGGUAAAUGUUCCCCUGUUGUCUGAAAAUGUUUUUGAGAGUCACCGUCAUUUUGAGGUGAAAUGUAUUUUAAUUACUGAAAUGUUGCCGUUUUUUGUUUUAUUUAUCCCAUUUUGUUCAAUGCUAUUUCAGGGUUGUACACUUUUUUUUUAAUGGUUGGUGCCAAACUGAACUACUGUGGAUCUUUUUAAUAAACAGAUAAAUCCAA